AUGGACGAUCCCUGGUCGAAUGCAUGGAGCGACCCUGCAGACCUUUCCGCCUCUCACAAGUCUCCCACUACCCCUACUUGGAAUUCGAAACAAAAUAUUCAGGAGUCCGAGGAUGAUGAGGCAGAUAUUGCCAUGCCAUCUUGGGCGACCGGAGCUGGUAUAAACUGGGCGGAACCCUCACAGGAUACACACAGCUCCCUGUGGUCUCAGGUACCUCCUUCAGCUGGAUGGUCUCCACCCCAUUCUUUCAGCGACAUUCAGCUUGUAAAGGCGCCCGAUUUGGAUUCUACUAAAGAGCCUAGUCGGCCUGCGACUCCGGAGGAUGUCCAACUUUCUUCCCCGAACCCCGCUUCCCCUAUUUCCCAUGUAGAAACACAGGAAGAACGUCUAGAGGUACCAUCAGAGGAUAGUCCUUCGCAUUCUACUCGUCCAAGCUCUCCAUCACAUUCACCCAUACCAUCCUCGUCCCCAAAUCCCGAUGGCUUCGGUACUUUCGAGACCGGCGCCACAAAUGAGCUCGACCCUUGGCCGGCCUCGGCCUCGCCCUUCGACGCUCAGGAGAACGGAGAGAAUGCCUGGGGCUCUGCAUGGGAGGACAAGGCCAAAGAAGAUCCCACGACCUCUGAACAGGAGUCUGUUGACGAAUGGGAGGCUGCGAGACGCAUGAAACAGGAAAUGGAUCGUCGAGUGCCACCAGAACUACUAGCCAGUAUUCUGAAAGAAGGAGAUGAAGUGUCCAGCCUUGCUUGGCCGGAGCCGAAGGACCUUCCUGAGGAACCCGAAUGGCAACAGCGAUGGCAAACCGGUUGGGACAGUGUUGAGAAUCUUGACGCCCUUCGCGCACGCUACAUGCCUGAGAUGAACCUACCCCCGUUACAGCCCUUUACACAAAGUUUCACUGGGAAGGCAAUGAUUAACUCCGUCAAACUUACGAGGAAUAUCGCGCUCUCCAGAUCCAGUCCAAUGGGGCACUUCCUAUCCGGCAGAGGGUCGACCGCCUGGGAAGCAUCCAUCAAGUCGCGCGUUGAGACGGUUCAGGACGAAGUCCCGGUUGGGUGGAGGAUAGUGGAGAAAGAGCAGGAAGGAAAGGUUGAAGAAAAGACUAAGAAGUCCGGAGGAUUAUUGGCCAAUUUGUGGAAUAGGAGGGCGUCGAAUAUACCUCGACAGGACUCCAAAGUAGCACAAGACACGUCUUCAAAGUCAGAGUCUCCUGUAGACACUGCACGGUCAAGCAUGGAAAGCGUCAAGUCACCGUCGUCCUCAACAACCGCUACCACUAACAAAGUCUCUUCUCCGACGACUUUGUCCCCGUCUUCUACUUCGCCUUCUACCUCCGCGCCUCCCGCGCCGUCAGUGGAAUCACCCCCAGCGUCGACGUAUGCUGACGCAGGCCUUCCAUCGUUUGAGUCAUUUUCUCCAACUUCACAGGACAAAACCCCUGAGGCUCCUCAAAAUCCUUCCGCCGUCACACGUUUCUUUAAUCGAUUCUCACGUCGGGCAUCGACCCCUUCACCUCAUAAUUCUAUGAUGCUUUCAGGAGACGAUCUCGAGUUCUUGUCGGACAUGGUUCCCAGUGCAAGUGAUGGUGACCUCGACGAUGAACACACUGACAGCAACGACCCCCAUCUCAAGGCUCUGGAGAACAUGCUCGCCAGUAAACCCAUUGGCGGUAAACUGCCCGCCCCUCUUCCGCCACCGCCGCCGGCACCCUCGCGUGUCACGUCAACGCUUUCGAAUAAUAAUGCUGGUCAUAAUUUGAAGACGAAUGGCCCGGCCUCUCUGUCCUUUGACGUGCUGGUGCCUACUGCAAUCUCCCGCAGUUCAUCGCCGUCAUCAACCAAUCCACCACUUUCACUACCUCCUCAUUCCUCCACGACCACACCUACGGCCUCUUCGUCACGACCUAUAAGUCCAGCUCAACAAUCUUAUUCCACCUCCAGUCAUCCUCGACCCACCCAUUCCUCGCGAAAUAGUCGUUCUUCUCUAUCUUCGGUGUUCCCUUCCCCGACGGCGGACUCUACACCCCAGCCUGUGACGUCGCUUGCAUUAUCUCAAGCUAGUUCACAGCCAGUGCCCCGGCCAAUGUCGACCGCAUCGAUAGCAGCUUCAUCCGCAGCCGCUGGGAAGAUCUCUUCCCCGUUCUCUUCAGCCCCGCACUCGCGCUCUCAGAGCCCCGCAUUUUUUUCUCCGCCGACAACGUCUUCCGCAGUGCCAACCACCAUCUCACCGUCGACUUUGAGAGCUUCACAGCAGCAGAUGUCGGCAGCAGCAGCAGCUGUACGGAAUCCGCCGUCGCUACCGUCUUCGCUCGCUUCUCAGUCUCAUUCGAAUGUGCCAGCCGAUGACGAUGACUUUGGCGACUUCGCGGACUUUGGUUCUUCUUCGCAAUCUCCGCUCGCACAAAGUUCAUCGACCUUUUUCGACGACAGCGGCUUCGGAUCGCCUGUUACGACCGCUAAACCAACACAGACAUCGUUUACCUUUCCCCCGCGUUCCGCGUUCGCGUCUUCGUCGCAUGCACCGAAGCCCUCUACGACCUCCAUCGUCUCUUCUUCGUCAUCUACAGCAUGGCUGGGACGUCCUCACGCUGAAUCGGUCACAAGCAACGGGACAGAUGUCGUCUCGCAUAAGUCUCUAGACUCGUUCGAUGACGAGUUCAGCUCGUUCAUGGGGACUUCUGCGCGAUCAAAUAGUCCUGCCCACGCUCAACGUUCACAAGCGAAAUCACCCUUGUCUACACAACCAAUGAAACCGAUGAUCCCACUGAUUGCGUUGGGACAACCUCUCAAACGACCACCAUCCACGUCCAGAUCGAGUUCAAUAUCUCCAUCCGUAUCCGCCCCCGCUCUCAGCAUCAGCGUCAGCCCUCCCCUCACUCGUAACAGGUCUCUGAAUCGACCCCUUUCCUCUCGGACCUCUCCUGUCGACAUAAUGAAUAGGAACGCACCAUCUUCUUCCUCAGCUUCUCCCAUCGACCCAAGCGAAUCAGACAUCAUCCACGGGAAUCCCAUCUCCGCUUCCUCCUCCUAUUCUUCACAGACGAUGUCCGCUGGGCGCAAGAUAACAAGAGCAGAGAACCACCAACGCACGACCUCAUUGAUGGAACUAGCAGCGUCGAGACCUGCCCGAUGGCCUGCUCCGAUAUCUCCUCUACCCGAGGUCUUAUCGCCACCUCCACCCAGUCACAGCGGGGUAGGAUUGGUGGAGACAGAUUUAUUGGGUGAUGGCGACGGCCUGGGAGUCCCGAACAACAACGUCAAUUCGGUACAAGGUUCGAGGUUCGCGGGGAUGCAGACCGCGUCUUCUGUGUCCCAGUCUCGGUCUGCAGGCCUGGGCUUACUUGGGGAUGACAUGGACGACGAUAACUGGAUGGGAGCGAUGAGCAACGGGAUUGGCAACAACGACAGACCGUCCUCGAUAUCACCGCCUCCAGCACCUCGACCGAGACCACCAAUCCCAGUCCCUCUCUCAGCCCAAACACCACCUUUCAUACCCGCGCCACCUCUACUUCCACCACCUCCACGACCUGGCUCCUCCAGUUCUGUGCUCGGUUCGGGUGGACACGGAGGGAUGUCAGUGUUAGCGCGGGGUAGACCAGCUGUGGCAAGUAAUGGGGUUGGUGAUGCGGCUUCUACCGUGGGCUCGCCGAGGACACCGACGCUUUCGCCGGAUAGUACGCCUCUUGCGAUGUUGGUCCCUAGUGGCGGAGGCGGGAAUGGAGGAGGUGCUUCUGUGGCAGGUGUGAAUGGAGGCGGAUUCGGGUCAUCGAGAUCGCCUCCUCCACUUUCUCCUCCUGGUAAUGGCACGCUUUUAGGUUCGGGGCUGUGGGGAGGAAAUGGAAUGCAGUCGAUGGUGGCUACGAUUCCGACGCCACCGCCGCCUUCGUUGACGCCUGUAGCGGUUGUGCCGCCUGUGUCUAACGCGAAGGGCGCUGGUGGGCUUUCAGCGCAGGAUUUGAGCUUCUUCGAGGGGUUAUGA